GUUGGGAAGGGGGGGAGGUUCGGCACGGGCUUCCGUGGUCUCCUCUGCACGCGGCCAGGGAUGCUCGCCUUCGCCGCACGCCGAGACCCGCGUCCUCGCAGCGCAGCCCCGCCAGCCCGCCAGCCCCGCCAGCACCGCCGCCGCCACCGCCGCCGCCGUCUUCCUGCCACCCCCGCAGGAUGCCCGGGGGGCGCAAGGGUCUGGUAGCCCCCCAGAACACCUUCCUCGACAGCAUCGUGCGCCGCUUCAGCGACACUGACCUCCUCUUGGGCAAUGCCCGCAUCGUGGACUGGCCGAUCGUUUACUGCAACGCGGGGUUCUGUGGCCUCUCCGGAUUCCAGCGCGCAGAGGUCAUGCAGUGCAACAGCACAUGCAGCUUUAUGUAUGGCGACCUGACGGAUCGGGGCACCAUCGAGAGCGUGAGGAGAUCGUUCGAGAACCACGAGACCAACUCGUUCGAGAUCCUCAUGUACCGCAAGAACCGCACUCCCGUGUGGCUCCACAUGCAAGUGUCCCCGGUGCGCAACGAGUUGAACGAGGUGGUGCUCUUCUUGAGCAUCUUCCGGGACAUCACCAUCUUCAAGCAGCCCAUAGAGGAUGACAGCAGGGGGUGGGCCCGCUUUGCCCGCCUCACCCGGGCCCUCGCCACGAGCCGGAGCGUCUUGCACCAGCUCAGCACCAGCGGGGCGCGCGGGGAGGCGGCGGGAGCCAAGGGACUCCGCACGGCCGAGGUCGUCCAGCUGAACACCGAAGUGCUCCCCGCCUACAAGCAGGAGGCUCCCAAGACCCCUCGUAACAUCAUCCUCCACUACUGCGCCUUCAAGACCACGUGGGACUGGCUCAUCCUCAUCCUCACCUUCUACACGGCCAUCAUGGUGCCCUACAACGUCUCCUUCCGCACGCGGCAGAGCAACGUGGCGUGGCUCGUGGUGGACAGCGUGGUGGACGCGAUCUUCCUGGUGGACAUCGUGCUCAACUUCCACACGACCUACGUGGGCUCCGCCGGGGAGGUCAUCUCGGACCCGGCGCUCAUUCGGACAAAGUAUCUCAAGACGUGGUUCCUCAUCGACCUGCUCUCCUGCCUGCCCUACGACAUCAUCAACGCCUUCGAGAACGCCGACGAGGGCAUCAGCAGCCUCUUCAGCGCCCUCAAGGUGGUGCGGCUACUGCGCCUGGGCCGCGUGGCGCGCAAGCUCGACCACUACAUCGAAUACGGCGCCGCCGUGCUCGUGCUGCUCGUGUGCGUGUUCGGCCUCGUCGCGCACUGGCUCGCCUGCAUCUGGUUCAGCAUCGGGGACGCGGAGGCGGCGCGCGAGUACGGGUGGCUGCACCAGCUGGCGCACAGCGUCGGGCAGCCCUACCGCUACAGCCACGCCAACGGGAGCGUCGCUGACGCCGCCGCCGCCGCCGCCGCUACGACGACCACCUCCACCUCCCCGGCUGACACCUCCAUCACCGGCGCCGCGGGUGCGGUGGAGGGCGGCGGCAGUGGGCGCUGGGAGGGCGGCCCUUCCCGGCGCACGCUGUACGUGUCGGCCCUGUACUUCACGAUGAGCAGCCUCACGAGCGUGGGGUUCGGCAACAUAGCGCCCAACACGGACGCCGAGAAGAUGUUCGCUGUGGCCAUGAUGAUGAUCGGAUCGCUUCUGUACGCAACGAUCUUCGGAAACGUGACGACGAUCUUCCAGCAGAUGACAGCGAGCACGAACCGCUACCACGAGAUGCUGACGAGCGUGCGCGACUUCCUGCGGCUCCACCAUGUACCGCGCGGACUCAGCGAGCGCGUCACGGACUACAUCGCCUCCACGUGGUCCAUGUCCCGCGGCAUCGACACGGACAAGGUGCUGAGAAUCUGCCCCAAGGACAUGCGCGCAGACAUCUGCGUGCACCUGAACCGCACCGUCUUCUACGAGCACCCCGCGUUCCGCCUGGCGAGCGACGGCUGCCUGCGAGCCCUGGCCGUGGAGUUCCAGACGGUGCACUGCGCGCCGGGAGACCUGGUCUUCCACGUGGGCGAGAGCGUGGACUCGCUGUGCUUCGUCGUGUCCGGCUCCCUCGAGGUGGUGCAGGACGACGAGGUGGUGGCAAUUCUCGGCAAGGGGGACGUGUUCGGAGACGCGUUCUGGCGAGAGAGCGGCCUGGCGCAGGCGUGCAGCAACGUGCGCGCGCUCACCUACUGCGACCUGCACGCCAUCCCGCGCGAGCCGCUCCUACGAGUCCUCUCCUUCUACGCGCCCUUCGCCAGCUCCUUCGCGCGACAGCUGCUGCUCACCUUCAACCUGCGCAAGCGCAUUGUGUUCAGAAAAAUCAGCGACGUGAGACGCGAGGAGGAGGAGGCGGCGGCGCGAGCGAGGCGGGGCAGCGCGGCACCCCACGUGGAGCUGCACUCCGACCACCCCGUGCGCCGCCUCCUGCAGCGGCUGCGGCAGCAGAAGGAGGCGCGGGGCGCGGCGGAGAGGGGCUCCCCAGCGGGGGGCGGCGCGGAGGAGCCCGGGCCGGACUCGCUGCCCCCCACGGUCCCCAAUGGCUCAUCGGUCAGCAGCGAUAGGAGUAGCGUGGUGACCAUCACGGAGGCGCCCGGUCCCUCUCACGAUAAGCCGACCUCUCUGCCCCUGAGCCUGCAGGGGUCGUCGCCGGCACUGGGGCACAGCGCUCCGGGGGCCCUGCUCUCGGCCCCCAGCGCGGGGCCCUUCAAGAAACCCACGGGGUGGUCGCGCUUCAGAGGGGCCCUCAACGUCGCCUCCAAGGAACCCAGCGGCGGCGAGAGCCGGGGUCACUCUCCGACAGAGGUCAUCGAGAUGACGGAGGCGAGCGUGCGGGGGCGCGAGGAGAGGGCCGGCGGUGCGAGCACCCCGUCUCAGGUUCGCGUGUGGGAGGCGUCACCCGCCACCUCCCCCGCGCAGAGCCCCCCCGCGGGCGCGGGCCGGACCUCCGAGAAGGUGACUCUGAGGAAGACGGAGUCCUGCGACAGCGGCAUCACGCGCAGCAGCCAGAGGCUGGACGCGCACGACGGAGCGCGGAGCUCGGAGCACAGCCCCGCAGCGGCGGGGCCAGCGGCCGGGGCGGCGGCCGUGAGAGAAGUGCGACGUCCGUGCCUCGCCAUCCCCGAGCAGAGGCUGCACGCGUCGGUGCUGGGCGCGCGGGAUGACCUCAAGCAGGACGUGAUGUCGCUGGGAGCACGCAUGGCCGGCAUGGAGAGGCAACUGGCGGAGAUCGUGCGGCUGCUGAACGAGCGGCAGGCCCGUGACUGUGGCCCGUGACUGCGGCCCGUGACUGUGGCCCGUGACUGUCGCGGCCCGGCGCGUGGCUCCAGGCUACAAACUCGGCCGCAGGUUUAUUUUUGGUUGUUCCCAGCCCGGUGGAUUCAAGUAUGAUUGAAGCGUGACGAUAAUUGUGAUGAUGCACCGGUGAUGAUUGUUCUUGUAAGAUGGUGAAUUCAUUAUUGACGAAGACGAUUGAUGAGGAUGAUCGAUACUAAACUGUGAUCCCACCAGUCCAGAUUUCCUGGGAAGGUGCGCUUACUGCCCCCGGUCUCUCUUCUGCGAGAGAGAACUAUCGCAAUAAAAUGUUCUUCCCACUCAUCGAUCACCACACCUUGACCCGGAGCAGCGGACAGCGAGGAGGCAGUGACUUGCGGACAGUCCCCGCAGCAGCAGCAGCAGCAGACUGGGUGCUCUCAGGAGACGACUGGAUUCUGUGUCGCUAACUGUCGCCACCCUUGGUCGUGUGUUCGACUCGAUAUCGACUUCCGGAGUGAGAGAAGGAGAACUGCUGUCGUGCUGCCUCGUGAGACCCCCCGCCCCCCCACCACUUCACCCCCCCCCACCCCCGUUCACGUCCACGAGUCCCUAAGCGCCUGCGUUAGUUGCAUUGGGUAGAUGUUACAGAUGCAUGGCAAGUGUCAGCGCCGGGGGGGGGGUCCUGGGUCGAAUUGUGGAGCCUGAUAAAUCCGCGUGUGACCUCACACAGUGACCACCUCGUCCAGGCGAUCAGAUCACUCGGUAGACGUCCCGCGAACCGUUUCUCCCAUUGAUGCGAUCGCCUCAAUGGUUCCUCAUCGCUCGGUGCGCGCGGUGAUUUACCGACUCGACGAUCGCGUCUCGUCUCGAUGGCUAACUUCGUUCAUUGAUCCUCAUCACCCGUCGAUUCCCAGAGUCGGUGGCGAUCCUCUCGCAGCGAUGUCCCCACCGAGUGAUCUCCUCGCUUGAACUACGAGUUCGGUGAUCUCUCUCUCUCUAUAUAUAUAUAAAAAAACAAAAAUCUCCCAACUCAAUAAAACUCACCUCGCACGGUGACGUCACAGUGGGUGACCUCUUCAACACCCCACUCCCAGCAACCAUGUCAACGUCGGGCCAACGUUGGAAAUGCGGUUGAAACCGUCGAGCCAACGUCGGCCCAACGUUUAUUCAACGUUCCGCGUUUAAUGGGUGGUGUCCUCACCUCCGCAAGAACCUCGUUCGGGGGCUCCCGGUGCAUAAACAAGAUCCGCAUGCGGCCCUCGCCUCGCGCGCCCACGCACCGCGACCACGUGUCUCGUGAAUGUUCGCGAAUGUGAAAUGCACGCGGUGGAAACGACGGCGAGGC